AUGAAAAUUAUUUUGGAAUAUAGAGAUCGGAAGACAAUCAUCAUCGGUAGUGAUUAUGAAACAAUUAUCAACAAAAUUCGACUUUUAUUUCCUGAUGAAAAUGAUUCAACAAUUUUAUUCUAUGAUUAUGAAUUAAAAGAUUAUUUCGAUUUUACAUCUUUUGAUCAAAUACAAGAUCAACCUAACGGUGUGAAAAUGACUUUCAAUUCUUCCAGAAAAUUAAAUGAUGUUGCAGCUGAUUCUUCACCUUCAAUUCCACAUAGUGAUGAAAAACAAAAAGAAAAUAAUUAUGUUAAAAAACCUCGUCCACGACGAAAUCAGAAGAAAAAAGAAAAUGAAGAUAAUAGUGAAAUCGAUGAACCAAUUGUAUUACCAAAAUAUUGUGUUUUGAUUCAACAAGGAUUACAAUCACGCGCACUUAUUGAAGCAUAUCCAACAUUGAAUUAUUUAAACAAAGAUGUCGACGGUAAGAAGGGAAGAGCUCCUCAUCACACAAUCUCACAAUUGUUGUCAAAGAAGAAAAGAAAUAUCAAGUAUUAUAAAAAUCAUCCAACAGCAAAACGUUCAAAAUUAUCAGAGAUCGAACCAGAUACAAAUGUUGAAGCAUUUGGACAAUUGACAGUCGAAAAGCCACAAACAAAACAAUGCAAAAAUGAAACAAUAAUUGUUUCUGGUGAUAGCAAUACGUCCAUUACAACUUCGUCGAACUCCAACAAUUUAUUUAUUGAAUCCAGAACAACAGGACCAUUAGUAUCACCAUCUAAUAUAAUUCAACAAUCAUUUCCACGAGCAACAACAACAUCCAAUGAAUCAUCACUAAGUCUGAAAAGUUCUCGACGUGCAACCAUUUCAUUAAUACCUCCAAUAAGUACGAAACUUGUUAAUGUAUCAACAAUUAACACAACACCUGUACCAAAUAAAUUACCUUUGACCACAACUUCGACAAAUUCAUUUUUAUAUCACGAUGGUCGUAUGCUUUUAACAUCAGUACAAGCACAACCGGUGGUGGCCGUACAUAAAGCUUUAGUACCACGAGCUGCAAAAAAAAUAAGUAAUAUUAUGCCAGCAACAAUAAAUAAUACAACAUCACCAGCAACAUCAAAUGAUACAACAUCACCUGCAGCACCAAAUCAUACAACAUCAUUUUCAACAUCAAAUAAUAUAAUACCACUAGCCACAAUCAAUCGAGAAUCAAAUCAUACUUUAGCAAUUUCAAACGACAAUGUUGACGAAUGUGUCACUUUAUCUAAUGAAGAAUCGAUGUUGCAUUUGAAGAUAUCAAAAUCUGAACAAGAUGCAUAUGAUAAAGACAUAAAUCGUCUUCGAUCUAUCAUACAAGCCAAAGGAAAAGCUUCACAAAAUAUUUCAAUCACUGAAAUCAAUGCACUUCUUCGAAGUACUCACAAAUUAAGACGACAAAUACUGUUAGAAAAGAAAGACGUCGAAUUUAGUUUGAAAGUUGUUCAACAUCAAGAAAUAUUUCAUCAAGAAGCAUUAAUUUAUGAAUAUUCGUUGAUAAAAAAGAAAUUAUUUUCUUAUGAAAAACUUGAACAUGAAGCUCGUGCACUACUUGAUACUCAUAUUCGUAAAUAUUCAAUUUCAAAUGAACAUUCUCUAACUGAAAGAGAUUUUCAAACGAUACAAAAUUUAUGUAGUGAUCUAAAUGAAUCAAAUAUAUUUUUUAAAAAUGGAUUGUCUAAUUCUCAUCCUCCAAUUGGAGUUUUAAUGAUGCCGUCGAUUAAUUCAAAUGUUGAAAAAGCCUUUAUGUUUAUAAAAAACUUGCCAUAUAAAAUGCAUGUUCGUGUUGGUAUUGCUGGUCUACACAAAAUAUUAGCACUUUUUGUUAUUGUUUAUAUGAAUCUGAAUCAUUGGCCUACUCAUAAAUUACUUUUAAUGCUUAUUGAACACUCAAAAGAAAAUAGUAAUUAA